ACCAGUGGUGGUUGGAAUUAUUAUCAUUCAUUUCAUUUUCUGGCGUGACCAUUGAAAUGAAGACCUCUUUCGCUGUCCUGUUCUUGUGUAGCCAUGAUGGAGACCCUUUCUCAUACUUUGUCUAAAGCUCAAUCACUCUGUUUUUCUCUUUUCAUAUAUGUGGUCCGUCCUUUUCUCUUGUUGAUGAAGAGUUCCCCCAAAUGAUCUCCAAUUGCCAUCAUAGACAGAAAGACGAACAAUACCAUUUUGAUGAAAUCAAGAAACCACCUUUUCACUAUGGAUGAAUGGAAUUGGGGUGAAUUGUCAAAUGGGUUGUGCACAUUGUGUGAAUUAGAGUAUUGGGUUGGUUCCUGAUUGUGGGUUUUUUCUGUACACUGAUGCAGGAAAUGGGGGAUGGAGAAGCUGGUGUACAAGGACGUGAAGAAAGGGAUAAGGAGGGACCGGAAGUACGCGAUCCAGCCGAGGAAUGUGUACGCGACUGGGGUGCACAUGUCGCAGAACCUGGUGGGGAAGACGAACCACAAGACGGAAGGGAAGAUCAAGUACUACCAUUACCAUGGCUCCAUCGCGCAGAGGCGGGAGCCGUGCAAGACGCUGCUGAACGUGACCGAAACUUACUUCGACAAGACGCCAUACGAGCUGGACACGACGAUGAGGGACAUUGCCUGGGCGGUCAAGAAGUUCGAGCUCAAAAUGAUUGGCACCAGGCUGCAGAACACGCGGCAGUGAUCCCGCCAUCCCCGCCGGUCGGUCCACACAUUGAAAAAAAUUAACCGGGCGGCGAAAAGAGAAAGAAAAAAUUGUUUUCAUUUUUGUCAUUAUGAUUUCUUUUUUUUUUAUUUUUAUAAAUUAGGUUCCCUUCCUCUUCUCUUCUUUCUCUCCAUUUAAUUUCCUUUUUGUUUAUAAAUAUGCCUACUCCCCUUCCUUGGCUUCUUCUUUUAUUUAUUUUUGUGGUAUAUUAUUUUAUAGAACUUACAGGAGGAUUCAUAUAUAAAUUAGGGGGAGUUUCUUCUCUUCUUCUUGUUCUUCUGCUUCCUUUUUUCUUUUUCUUGGUUUGUAUAAAGGAAUUGAUGAAUAAUUUAACUCAAUUAGUGGAAUGGAGUACAGGUAGAUGGGUGUCGUUUUUCGCCAUUCCUUUCUACGAUUCUGAUGCUGCAUAUUUUUUUAUUAUAUAGCUUUUUUAUUUUCUAUCAUAGCUUACUAGCUUGGCUAUCGAGCUGUUGUUGUUCAUCUCCGGGCUCCAUUACAAAAUACACGAACAUGGCUUGUGUUCUGUAAUGAUGAUUGCAUAUGGAUCUGUUUGCUUUCACCGAAAUGGGCUACACACACUGAUGAUCUUUCCUUAAAGCAGAAUAUUUUAAUAUAAUUACAUUUCUUUAUUUUGGAGUUAUGAUUUCGCAGCCGAUUAGAUCCAUGCAGUGGCGGACCCAGGAUUAUUGAAGAGGGGUGUCGCCGAUAAAAAAUUAUAAUAAUUAAGAUAAUGAAAUAAAAAUUUAAUA